UGGACCAGACUCUAUUUCUACAUAAAAGCUGGCUACUUGGCGGUCAUAACUCCUAACUUCCUAUGGAGAUUUUGUACCAAACACUUCAGCCUAAAGGGAAUGAGCAACAACAAAAUGAGAACAUGAGGUGCCUCGACCAACCCCAUUUAAGAAGAAACUGCAUCCAGGAUGUUACAGGUGUGCUUUGAGCCCCCUUAUUUCAUAAGUUAUAAAGAAAAAUUUCCGACUUUUCUGCUACACAAGAUCGAAUAUAUAAGGUUAUUACAGACCCGCAAAGUAGCCAGGACAGAAUCUUGACCACAUUGCUGCGAUUUGUUGUCCAAAAGUAGGUAAUUUGAAGUAAAAGACCGUCUUGGAAACUGGAACUCUCAAAGCAGAAAGUGAAUCUGCAUAACAGACGACAUGGAGUUAACAUUGAUUCAUCAUGGCAAAGUAUUUGAUACACAGGUUUUUGAAUAAAUCAAAACUCCAAAAAGACAAUAAACCCAAGCAGGGAGCUAAGUCUUAAAGCCGUGAGAUAAAUUGUGUUUGAACUGAAUAUGAUCCCAAAGGGAAUGGGCUAGUGCUCGAGGCAUGGGAGUAAAGAGGAAGCACCAAUACGUGGGGAAACAUGGUUCAAAAUCCAAUCAGCUUUCUUGAAAAUAGUUAAUUUGUAUUUUUAAGAUCAAAAGAGUUGUACUGAUUAAUGAACUGGAAAUGGAUAGUUAUGAAUGGUUAGUGAUUAAGCAAGGGCUUCUCAGUCCUUAAAUCAGAUAAUCAUUGUGUUACGGGCAGUUUGUGGAGCAGUAUGGCUUUCUACCUGUUCAGUGUGCAUGUUCCUUUAAGUUUUGGCGGCUUGUCUGCUGUUACCAGCAUAUUGCAUCGUUCAGCUCUUGAUCCACAGACCGAGGCAUUAUCCGUAGUUGUACUUCAGACGUUAGAGCUUAUUAGCGUUCUGUUUCUUUUAAGAUGUGCUGAGAAGCCCCAAUACAAGCUUCGUGAUUUCUUUCAAGAGAAGCAAUCAGCCAGAGAAAGGAACUGGUUACUUGCGUCAGCUCUUGGCUUCGGGUUCCUGGUUCUUCUGGUUUUCGUAACAUCAAUUAUUGCUGACACGUUGAUAGGUACUAAGGACGUCAACAAUCCAAUCUUGAAGGAAAUUCUUUCGAGUGGUCCAAUAUCGAUAACAUCAUGCAUCCUGGUCUACUGUGUCAUCACCCCCUUGCUAGAAGAAGUUGUCUACAGAGGGUUUUUCUUGACUGCUCUUUCCUCCACAAUGAAGUGGCAGCAAGCGGUGAUUGUUAGCUCAGUUGUUUUUAGUGCAGCUCACUUCUCUGCUGAAAAUUUCAUACAAUUGUUCAUCGUAGGUUUAAUCCUUGGAUGCUCUUAUUGCUGGAGUGGAAACAUAAGGUCUUCUAUUGUAAUUCAUUCACUAUACAAUGCUUUAACCUUACUAAUAACAUAUGCAUCAUGAGUUGUUGCU